AUGUCUCGUAAUGACCAAGCAACCUCUCUUUGCCUGACAUGGGUUUCUUGCAGUGUUUACAAUAAAGUUUUUAAUCGUGUGUUGACGGACAAAAGAAGUCUCUCAGAGAACACUGCAACUUCCUGGAUCUUCAAAGUACAGUUGAUUGCAAAGUUUGAGAAAUUCAAACAGCUAAACUUGUUUGAAAGUAAAGAUGGAAAGGAGUGCUAUGGAGUUUACAUUGAUCAUAUUAAAGAGGUACAGGAAAUGGUAGCUAAAUAUUUGAAAGAUAAUCCUAAAAGAUAUUAUGGAAUUCAUAGAAAGAUUAUUGUCAGAGAAAGAUAUAAUAAAAUAUUUUAA